AUGGGGAAACCCCGCAUGAUCAUUCUGAUUCGCCAUGCGCAAUCAGAGGGAAACAAGAACCGUGAUAUCCACCAGUUCAUACCCGACCACAGGGUCAAACUGACCCAGCAUGGCUGGACUCAGGCAGAAGAAGCUGGACGUCAGCUCCGCUCUAUGCUCAAGCCAGACGACACCCUCCAGUUCUACACCUCGCCCUACCGCCGGACCCGUGAGACUACAGAGGGCAUCCUCCGCACCCUGACCUCGGACGACCCCACCCCCUCGCCCUUCCCCCGCAACAAGAUUACCGUCUUCGAGGAGCCAAGGAUACGAGAACAAGAUUUUGGAAACUUCCAGCCAUGUUCGGCAGAAAUGGAGCGCAUGUGGCAGGAGAGGGCUGAUUAUGGCCAUUUCUUCUACCGCAUACCCGACGGUGAGAGUGCAGCAGAUGCCUAUGACCGUGUCAGUGGCUUUAACGAAAGCCUGUGGAGAUCAUUUGGAGACGAUAAUUUCCCCAGCGUUUGCGUGUUGGUUACGCAUGGACUGAUGUCCAGGGUAUUCCUCAUGAAAUGGUAUCACUGGUCUGUCGAGUACUUUGAGGACCUCCGGAAUGUAAACCACUGCGAGUUUAUUAUUAUGAAGAGAAGCGAGAACAACGGCCGAUAUAUCCUCCAGAACGAGCUGCGAACAUGGUCUGAACUCAAACGCCGGGCUGCCAAAGAGAAAGAGGAACAACCAAAGAGCGCCACGGCUGCCACACCAAGCAGAAACACGUCGUUGAGUAAUCUCAACCAGGCUGGGUCUACCUCGUCUCCUACUGUGCCCAUUCGACGCUGGGGAGGAUGUGUAAAUGGAUGCAACCAUGACAAAAUCAAUUACCCUCGUCGUCCAAUGCGAAAGAACACGAUGGAGUAUCUUGGGCAAGGUUCUCAGCAGACUGCUUCGCCUGCCACACAACAUAUGGAGCCAUUAGAGAGCGAGCAAGAAGACCACCCAGUUGCAGCCCAAGAAGCUGAUCACGCUCCCAUUAUCAAUGAGCCAUCGCUAGCCAAGCUGUUGCGAAAGCAAACCGCCAAAGGUACAGCCAUUCCCGCCAUGCCGCCAACGCCCGCAUCACCAAACGAUGCCUCGAACGAUGCUUCCAGUAGCGAAGAGGGGGACAACGCACAUUUGGCGUCAAGGUCCAACAAUCACGCACAACCGCGAACUACCGCUAUUCUACGUCAUCUACAGCCCAUGCAGGCCGGUGAAGGCUUCUCGGACGACUCCGACUACUUCCCUGGUAUGCAGCACCUCCACCACAGCACUGGGCAACGCAAAUUCCUCCGCGCCAGCUCUACGCAACGCAAGCAGUCCAAGGAUCGCAAGAUCCAGCGCAAGCAAACCGAACAAGGUUGGCUCGAAGAAUCAGGCAUGGGCAAAGACGUCAAAACAGACAGACUGGGUGACGGCGAUGCUACAAGCGACGAUGCCGCAUUCGCCAAAAAGAAAGACGAAGAGCCACCCAUCUUGAGGGAAGCUCUGAAGGGAAACAUGAUUGUCGAACACAGUGAAGAGGAGAGAGAAGCGGCAGCAGCAACAAAUGGUACGCAGGCUGAUUCCGCCGACAAGAAAGUUACAGAGAAGGACAUCGACAAGAUGCAGGAUGCAGAGAGAAAAGGUCUCGAUGAAGUAUAUUAA